AUCAAAGACAAGCGUGAGUCGAUCGGGGCAUAUUGUGAACUCUGUCUCUCCCGGCUACACUUUCGUAUUGGUUUUUGUUCCUCCCUGGCUGCGUAAUCAAUGUGAAACUACGGCCCCUCCCUCUGACAUGAACAGGCAGGGAUAGGAAGAUUACUUCCUGUGGGCUUCGUGUUGUGUUUUGCUUCUUGAGAUUGCAUGCCUUAACUUUCUACAGGGAGAGUCGGCUUAGUUCCUGCAUUUCUUGAUAUUGCCUGUUCUCUCUAUGCCGUGGAACUCUGGUAAAGUGUUCUGAGAGUGGGUGAGUGCGAUUCCACAACUCUUAAGAGAAGUAGCAUUAUGGAAGUAUUGCAACCUUAGGAACCAGAAGAUUCAUCUCUCAGCUGUAACUCGGAACCAUAGUGGAGCAGCAACCAUGCACUACUACCGGUACAGCACUGCAGAAGUCAGCUGUUGUUAUAAGUACCUCCUGUUCAGCUACAAUAUCAUAUUCUGGUUAUCUGGAAUGGUUCUAUUAGGAGUUGGUUUGUGGGCAUGGAGUGAAAAAGGCAUAUUGUCAGAUAUUACAAAAGUGACGCGCCUCCAUGGGUUUGACCCAGUGUGGCUGGUCCUGGUGGUUGGUGUCAUCAUGUUUACUCUUGGUUUUGCUGGCUGUGUUGGUGCUCUACGAGAAAAUAUCUGCCUUCUGAAAUUUUUUUGUGGUACCAUAGUUUUGAUUUUCUUCAUGGAGCUCGCUGUCGCAGUUCUGGCCUUCCUCUUCCAGGAUUGGGUGAAAGACAGAGCAAAGGAUUUUUUUGAGAACAACAUAAAAUCAUACAGAGAUGAUAUUGACUUGCAGAACCUUAUAGAUUCCCUUCAAAAAGCGAACCAGUGUUGUGGUGCUGUGUCCCCAGAUGACUGGGACCUGAAUGAAUACUUCAACUGCAGUAUUGACAAUCCAAGCCGUGAGAGGUGUGGUGUGCCUUUUUCCUGCUGUGUUCCUGAUCCAGCUCAAACAGUUGUGAACACACAAUGUGGUUAUGAUGCCCGCAAAAAGAAGCCUAAUGAGAGACCCAAUACAACUUUCUCAAAAGGCUGCAUAUCUGCAAUGGAGGCAUGGUUACCAAGAAACAUAUAUAUUGUGGCUGGAGUUUUUCUAGUGAUCUCAAUUUUACAGAUAUUUGGCAUUUACCUUGCUCGGACACUGAUGUCGGAUAUUGACGCAGUAAAGGCUGGUUAUCGCUUUUAAGGACAAUCCUCUUCAUGUGAAGUCAUUACAGAGACCUUCUUUAUUUCUCCCAUUUUAAUUAAUUAAUAACGAUCUGUAGAUUGUCUCCUUUUGCACAGAAGACCAAUUGUAAUACCCUAGGAUUUCCAUUCAUCCUUCAAAAUGUAAAAUGGUAGACUUCAAAUGUUAAUGUUAAUAAUCUAGUCAAUUAUUCUCCCUCCUCUCUCCAAGAAGAGACUACUUACUUUGCUUUAAAGAAAGUUUCCCUGGAACUCUCCAAUAUUCAUAGUUUACAUUUUCAGAAUGUCUUCAGUGCUUGAAAAUAUGUCAACCCCUAUUACUUAUUUAUGGGUAGUAAACAUUUCAAUGAAUUCUUUGUACAAAGAUCUAAGACAUUUACCUUCACCUAACAAUGUCAUUAAACUUUUUUUUUUUAAACUGGAUCAUUUCCAAAUUCACCAAUGCCUUACGAAGUUAAGACAUGUCCAGGAAUGUUAGUUAUGCUGCCAUUGGUUUGUAGAGGUAUAACUUUGUCAUUAAGGAGUAAUGUUUUACUAUACUAUAUUUAGGGAAUCAAAUUUAAAUUAUUCACUUCAUUUACUAUCUCAUUUAUGGAAAGGAAAACCAAGCAGUCCACUGAAUUUUACAGGUUGAGACCUGCUUUAUGUAAGUUUUCCUUACAGCUUGAUAUCAAGUGGGGUAUUUAUUAAAACUUGAUUUUUUCUUAUUUUAAAAUUUUGGCUUAAUUUACUAAAAAAAAUCCAAAAGUGUGGGGAAAAGACACAACAAAAUCAAAUUAGUAAAUUGUGCAACUUUUUCGUAUUUUUGAGUGAAAACCAGAGUUAAACAGCCCAAAACCCGUGAAAAUCAUGAAGGGAAAAAAACAUCUUCCAAUUGCAAAAGGGGCAUCUGCCAUUGACUUUUACAUGACUUCAACAGGUUUUAGUUUGAGUAUUUUCGGAUUUUUAGCAGAUUUGGAGCAUAAUAAAAGAAUGUUUUUCAUCUAAAAAUUUAGAUUUUUGCCCUUAUAAACACGACCAGACAAAUUUGAGGCUUAAUCAAUAGGCUCCCAAAAGUUUAGUCUGGGAUUUGAGUUCUGUGUAGUUCACUCUUGGAGAAAUAUAGGAUAGCCGAAGGAACCAUUGUACUGUGAAAGGCAAAUACAUGAUUCUCUGUUGAUAAAGAUCAUUUAGUAGUUUCCCUCAUUUUUUUAAAAAAAAAAAACACUAAAUUGGGGCAUGAUAAAUGUUGUUUUACCAGAGAAUCAGUUGUAGUUUAAUGUGUUUAUUUUUUUAAAUAUAUUUUUAUUUGAAAAAGAUUAUAGUUGUAUCUAUUGCUUUACAAAUAUUCACAGAAGUCUAUACAUAUACCCAUUUUUUUUUUAAUAUAUAUGAAGUAUUCUAUACAUACUUAUGCACACAUAAACCAAGGACUCUGUGUGCCUAUUUGGAGUUAUUUCCUUCAAAUGUUCCCCACAUGUGCAAAAAACUCAAAGCUGAUACAGUUUAGUGUCGCACUUCUAAGCUGCAGAUUUAUUGUAUAGCUGGGAGGGGCCUUACUCCACUGUCAAGUUCAUACUGAGCUGGUCCUGUGCUUAGAGCUGUGUUUGAAUAUAUUGUUUGUAGCAGGCAGGGUAAAGGCCACAUGUGACCAAUGUCACUCCAGCCAUCUUGCUGCAGUUUUUGAUAUACUGAUUGGCGCAUCAAGGUUUGCAGAGAUGUACAGCCUGUUGACAGGUGAAUCUUUAUGUUCCAUAGAAGGAAAUAAAUCAUGUACUGGGUAUAUUAUAAAGGUGAGUCAAAUAUUUUGCAGCAGAAUUUGUGUACAUUUCUUUAAAAAAGGGCAUAAUUAUAAAGCUCCUGUAAUUUUUCUAUGCCAUACUAACCCUGAAAAAUGCACCAUUGUUUUACACAGCUCUAGAUCUCUCCUGAAACUCUGAAGGCAAUGGAAGAAAUUUAGAUUUACAAAUCUGUGUUUAAAACUUAACUGUACAAGUGUGUAUGAUUUUUACACAGUGCAUUUUGGUGUUUAGAAGUGGUGGUUUGCUGUGUUUCAAGGUAUUUUUUUUUAUACACAUUCUUAUAAAUAUACCCUAUUAUGUAACCCCUAGGUGUUUAAUGGUCUUUGUAUAUUGUUUAGAAGUUUCUAAGUGCUUAAUCUGGUGCUUAGAAUCAAGCUUCACAUGGUUAUAUCCACUCAUGUGCAUGAACCCUAAAGUCAGCAAUAUCCAGUGUGUAUGCUAUUUUCAUAGGACUGUCAGUCAAGUUCCGAGUCUACAGGCACUGCCUACAAUUAUAGUGCAAAUUGGAGGGUAAUUACGUCUACUACUAUUGGGCUACUACAGCCCUAUGAGAGCAGUACAUUCCAUAUGUGUAAUGUUCAUUACAGGCUUUAGUUAUUAUUCAGACAAAUUGUAUUUCAAAAUGUGCUCAGCAGAUCAAUUUGUCACCUCAUUUAUUAUUAGCAAGUACAGUUCUUGACCCAGAAACACAUGCACACGAUUGAGAGUUAAAUGCAUCUUACAUCUAUACACUCACAUUAGGGCUCCCUUUGUGCAAACAAUUGGACACCACAUAAAUGAAAGCCCAUGUCCUUCAACAAUAACCUGUGUUUAAGCCUUCCACCUGUAUUUUAGAAGGGCAGCCAGUCACUGGAAGUUUAAGAAAAAGAUACAUUUGGAGAAAACAAUGUUGAAUUGUGCUGUUUUUUUUAUAGUUGAGCUUUGCACUUAAACUUUUAGUAAAUGAGAACCAGUGUGUCUUUGGGUUUUUAUUUGUAAACUAUAUUCCUGUCAGCAUAGAGACACAUUGUGUCAUUUUUGCUGGUGCUUGACUUUUGCUACUACAGAUACUGUACUUCUGUAAAUAAUGUGUUUUUUUUAAAGUUUUAAAACCAUGUUAUUUGUACUAAAAUGGAUAGUCUUCCUUUGCACAUUUAUGUAAAUUAUAUUUCCUUUCUAGACUUUGUGUACAGGUUACAAAAUAAGCAUUUACACGUUUACAAAUUUCAUUUGUGGCUUUGCCAUCCACUAAUUUUCUUAAACUGAAGAUGUGGUGUACAUUCUGUUCUUCUAUUAUUCUAUAGUAUUGUUCGCCGAUAUCUAUGUCGCCAUACUUUCAUAUUGUGUAAUUCUGCAUUUUAGUGUUUCCAAGCCAGUAUGUGAUCUGUACAAUAAAAGAGAAACUUUC